AUGGCGACCUUUCCACCCAAACCAAUCCGUGUCUGGCUUACUCCUCCUGGGCCUAAUUCGUGGAAGGUUGUCCUUGUUCUCGAGGAGCUCGGGCUCAACUACGAGAUCAAAUCCUUCAGUUUCGCAGACGUAAAAAAGAAGCCCUUCAUCGACGUCAACCCGAACGGCCGCGUCCCAGCUAUCGAGGACCCAAACACAGGUCUAACUCUUUGGGAGUCAGGCGCCAUCCUCCAAUAUGUAAUCGAACAAUACGAUACCGAGCAUCACCUCUCAUAUGAGGGUAUCAAAGAGCGACAUCUUUGCUCCCAGUGGCUACACUUCCAAAUGAGCGGCCAAGGUCCUUAUUAUGGUCAAGCCUCCUGGUUCCAGCACUUGCAUGUCGAUAAAAUUCCGUCCGCUAUUGAUCGUUAUUUCAACGAAAUUAAACGGAUCAAUGGUGUUCUCGAAGGUGUUCUCGCUGCGAAAGAAUCACAAUGGCUAGUUGGUGACAAGAUGACUUUCGCUGAUCUGGCCUUCAUGCCAUGGAACUUCCGUCUCAGUGAAGUCAUGAGCCGACCCUGGGAUGAAGUUUGGGAGGGACUACCCCAUGUACGAGCUUGGCAUGAGAGCAUGGUUGACUUACCGUCGUGGAAGCGUUGUAUGGAAAUUCGUGCUCGCUGUAUGGACGAGCAGGGGUUGCAGUGGAACGGUGUCCCCAAGGGCAUCGAGACUUUCAACGACUAUGAGAAGGAGCUUGCUGCAAGAGAUGAAGUUGAGAAGUAG